CUACCUUGUUCCUGUAAUACCAAGCCUCCGUCCUGACUACUUGUGGGUUAUUCCGAGGGACAUCAGCUGUACAUCCUACGCGGCCAUACUGACUGGUCUUCAGAAAACGUUGACGUUUCUGCUGCCAAUGGAGCUGUCAAUGGGCAUCAAAUCAAGUAUGGAGUUCCUGAGAGAGACCUUCCCACGCUGCUCAACAUCAUAUUCCUUCACGUGCAAGGAGACAGCUGUUGAUGAGAACCUCAUCUGUGCUGCAGUCAAUAGAUCACAGCUCCAACAAACACUGGCAACCGACAACUCCUCUACAGCUCUGUGCUCUUUUACCAUCACUGAACAUGCCUGUUCUGUGGCUGACCAGCUUGCAGCGCAAAGCCUGGCCACACUGUUAAAAUGCUCGUUGGAAAGCCAUACGACAUACCCGGUGGAAGUCUGGAAGCUCUUCUUUCAAAAAGUCUCUCCCGCUCUGGAUGAGGCUCUUGAGACGUUUGCCACCGUGACCCCCAACAACAGCAGCCCAGCCGUAUCGAACGCCCUUGAUGCCCUGAGAGAGGCGAGACUAGCCAACCUCAGCAAUGCACAGCUACAGAGUGGCACUUUCAUUGGUGAUCUGGUCCAGCGAAACAUUGGUCCGUUCCUGGCCUCCCCAUCCACAAACUUCCUGUUCUGCCUUAGCUCCUACAACUUCAGCUGCCUGACCUACCAGAUUGUUGUCAAGGGGUUAAGCAACCAAAGGGAGCUCAUGAACAGCAGCAAGCAACAGGCAGUCUUUACUUAUUUCAUCAAACCAUUCCUUUCAAGAGUGGGAACACCAGAUGCUGGCUGCACCUCAUCUACUAAUGGGAGUCAGGAAUGGCUACAGGCAAACCUUGGCGGCUUUGCUUCUUUUGCAACCAUCCAAGAGUUGCAAACCCUCAACCCACACUUGUCUACUACUGAAGUAUUGUCAGAACUGGCUCCCUCUCAAGUGGCACAGCUUCUUAUGAGCGUAGGGAGCUCAGACGCCACCACUCUUAUUGAUCUUGUCUUUGAGCGACUUGAAAAGGGUGACGCUCUUGAAAACCUAGAUGACUUCCUGACGCAGCUCACGCUAAACGGACAGGUUCCACAAUUCCAGACGGCCGUUCGAGAUGCUGUGAUGACCAGAGCCUUUUACAUCCUAAGCCUACGUUUCUCAACCUUCAGCAAAGAAGAUUUUUAUCUUUGGUUCCAUGUGAAACUGGUUUCCAUCCUUGCCAGUUUCACUCCACAGAUGCUACACAGCACAAUAUCCAGCCUGAGCUGCACAAACUACCAUGUUGUUGUGGGAGGGUUCGCCAAAGUGUUUCCUGCCAUACCCCCGCGCAGACGGCAAGAGAUCACCAAUGUUCUGCUGGGCUAUCUGAAAAGCUCUGCCAGCGUCAUCAACAAGCCCGGUAAGAAUGAAAGAGGGACCCUGGCCCAAGGAUUUAAAAUGUAG